GAACGGUUCUGUAGAUCGUCAUUUACAUUUUUUAUAUACAGCCUUGCCCUGUAACUAAUUCCUCCUUUACUCCCAUUCUGCAUGCACGACCGACGGGAAAGCAUUCUGAUUAAUGGUGUCUCGAUCGGGGACGAGUUGGGUAUUGUCUAUGUUGUGGAGAAUGCACAGCAGUUCUGGUCGGAGCUCGAGGAUAUGGUGAAUCUACCGAAAGAGAAUAUACCUACACUCGAGCAGCUCGAUGGCACCCUGAAGCGUUACGUCGGGUUUUGUGCAUGCUAUCAUGAACAAUAUCUACAGAGCCCAUUACAGCUUGAACAUGCGUGCCAUUUCAUUCUGAACUCGGAACUCUUUUCAUUUCAUUCAGAGCGCAUGUGUGAUAUUUUGGUCAAAGAAACCCAGUCGAACACCAACCCCCAUUUCCAACUCAUUACCUAUAACAUUCUGCUGCACUUUGGACGACGGCGUACGGAUUUCUUUCGUUCCCACAAACGAUGGCAACCUCUGUUACCUCUACUGAUGGACCACGUUAUGGUGGAGAUUGAUUCAGAUUUGGAAGACGCAUAUCUUGGCAUUACUGGUAGUUCAAAUGGAGGAAGCACCACCGUGCCCGUGCCAAUCGAGGCGAAGCUCAGAAAUCUGGGAGUGAGAUUGCUUUACGAGGUAUGCAGGGUACAAAAAUUGAGCUUGCAAGACCUUGAGGUGUUUGACGAUUCUUUCAUCGAUUACCUCUUCGAUCUUGUGGAACAUACGCGACACAUGCAAGAUGACUCCUUCAACUAUUCCGUGAUCAAGCUACUUGUCGCUCUCAAUGAACAAUUCAUGAUGAUAUCCGUGAACAAUGGGACUACCAACGAUAGCAAACCCGAACCGCAUGCAGCGGCGAGCAACCGUGUUCUCCAUAUCCUGAUGCGAAGGCUUAACUGCUCAAAUACCUUUGGAGAGAAUAUGAUCUUUAUGUUAAACAGGGCCCAGCGCACACCGGAAGACCUUUGUAUGCAACUCCUUGUUCUCAAACUCAUCUACCUACUCUUCACGACGAAAGGAACCUCAGAGUAUUUCUACACCAAUGAUCUGUGCGUCCUUAUGGACGUCAUUCUACGUGAAAUCGUUGACUUGGAUGAGGAUAAUGAAUCGCUUCGUCAUACUUACCUUCGUGUCCUCCAUCCACUGCUCACCAAGACCCAGUUACGGGACGUUCCUUACAAACGCCCACAAAUCUUGUAUGCACUGGAGAGCAUCGGGGGUAUGCAAGAUGCAAAAUUUGGGUAUAUUGGUCGAAGGGAGGUAAAUCCGACCACUAAGAGACUGGUCGAAAGAUGCCUUGGAGGGGAUUGGUGCGUUCAACUGAGAAAAUCAACGGAGACGGCCGAUGAUUAUUCCGAUGGGUCUCGCUCCCACCUCGGAUUACCUUCCUCUGCCGAGCUGGGUUCGCCCAAAGGAGGCAAAGUCAAAACUUUGAAAACCUCGAAGAGCAUGGAAUUCCAGAAAAGAAAACAGCCGGUUUUAGGUUCUCCUACAGUGAUGACAUCUCAUCCCGCCUCAAAUACGUCGUUUGUACAACAGCAACAAACCUCUCCCCUUCGAUCACCAUAUUCGCCUCAGCCUUAUUCACCACUCGCCCCCCGAUCGCCGGUAGACCGCGUCGCAUCACAAAGGAGACCUAGUGACGGAAGCGUUUACAGCACACUUAGUUUACCUGGUGUCGCAAAUGCUAUUAUUCCCAGUGCCGAGGUCGAAGGAAUACCUUCCUAUCCCUCUGUCGACUCCCUGAACCAUACCGGCUACCUCGCUGGAGGCCCCAAGAUGAGACAUACCCAGCGUCCUAGAACUGGACCACCGGAGACACACUCUAGAGAAUCUCAGCGAUAUCACCAUCAAGGUGCUUCCAGUGAUCCAAGUUUGACUGUAACUGUUGCAACAGAAGUCGAGCCACGAAAGCAGAGGAGAAAUGCACCUCUACCGCCUGGUCCACCGAAGAGAAGGAAACCGCCCGCCAUCCCGGUGAGGGAAAGUAACUUGGGUGCUAUGCCGAACGGCAAGUCCACGAUUACUGCCAUAAAGUCCAGCGAGUGCUGAAUGAUGUCUUUUGGGACCCAAUUUUGAACUUUCUCCACGGAUCUUUUCUUAUCAUCACGAACAGAGCAUAAAUCUUUUGGGUUAGUUUUGGAUUCUCGCGUGAAUACCAUGAAUACCAUGCUAUAGAAAAUCCUCGUUAUGUUACUCUUUCAUGCAUUUAUAUUAUCGUUGCAGAUCACAGGUGUAGCUACUUUACAUUUACCAUCUAUAACCUCCAUAAUUGCCUGUAUAUCAUAUUAUUACCCUGUCGGCCAGAAUCCGGCUACUUACUCGAUAAUUAAC